CAGAAACUCCAAUAUUCGGAUUUAUCAGGAGUUUUGGAUUGUAUAAACUUUUUAUAAUAAUAAUAAAUCAGAUAUUAGAGACUUUGCAAUGAAGUUAACAGGAAUAUUUUUAUUGGUGAUGCUUUGGAGAUGCCAGAGCGCACGAGUGGCAGAAAGCAGAGAUGACAACAGCGUCUUCGACUUGUUUGAGCUCGUCCAGGUGCCCAAGAAGAACCAUGGGGUCACCCUGGUAAAGGGCGAUGACCCUUACAGCCCCGCCUACAAGAUCCUGAACCCAGAACUGAUCCCUCCGGUGCCCGAGGGUGCAUUCAGGGACCUGGUGGACUUGGUGCAGGCCGAGCGCGGCUUCCUCCUGCUGGUUAACUUUAAGCAGGCGAAGCGCACCAGAGGAGCCCUGUUCACGGUGGAGAAGCUUGACGGAUCGGGUGCUUUGUUUGAAGUAGUCUCUAACGGAAAAGCCAACACGCUGGAUAUUGUGUUUACUACGGAAAACAAGCAGCAGGUGGUGUCUAUAGAGGAUGCAGACCUGGCUACAGGCCACUGGAAGAACAUCACGCUGUUUGUGCAGGAGGAUCGUGUGCACUUCUAUGUCGGAUGUGAGGAGGUGAACAGUGCCGAGCUGGAUGCGUCUAUUCAGAGCGUGCUCACUACAGAAACACCCAAUAUCGCCAAGCUGAGAAUUGGCAAGGGGGCUGUUAAUGAAAAGUUUAUGGGUGUGCUCCAAAACGUGCGAUUCGUUUUUGGGACCACAUUGGAUGCAAUUUUGAGAAACAAAGGAUGUCAAAACUCCAUUACUUCUGGAGUAAUCACUCUGGAUAAUCCUAUUAAUGGAUCCAGUCCAGCCAUCAGGACCGAUUACACCGGCCACAAAUCCAAAGAUCUGCAGAUGAUUUGUGGCUUUUCCUGUGAAGACCUGGCUAGCAUGUUCAAGGAACUGAAGAGCCUCGGUGUGGUGGUGCGAGAUCUCUCGGACAAACUACGCAAAGUGACAGAUGAGAAAAAUUUGCUGGGAGGAAUCUUGGGAAUCAAAGAUGGCGUGUGUCUUCACAAUGGCAUUGUGCACAAAAACAAGGAAGACUGGACAGUGGAUGAUUGUACAGAAUGUACCUGCCAGAACUCAGCGACUGUGUGUCGUAAAAUUUCCUGCCCCCUGCUGCCCUGCGCCAAUGCAACUGUUCCUGAUGGUGAAUGCUGUCCCCGCUGUGGAACCCCAAGUGACUAUGCUGAGGAUGGCUGGUCCCCGUGGUCUGAAUGGACCCAUUGUUCUGUGUCCUGUGGAAGGGGCAUUCAGCAACGUGGCCGCUCCUGUGACCGCAUCAAUAACAACUGCGAGGGCACAUCUGUGCAAACGAGAGACUGCUACCUCCAGGAGUGCGACAAGCGCUUUAAGCAAGAUGGAAACUGGAGCCACUGGUCACCAUGGUCAUCUUGCUCAGUCACCUGUGGAUCCGGCGUUAUCACACGCAUCCGUCUGUGUAACUCUCCUACCCCCCAGAUGGGAGGGAAACAGUGCCAGGGAGAAGGCAGGCAGACUGAGAAAUGUGAAACCUCACCAUGUCCGAUCAAUGGUGGUUGGGGACCAUGGUCACCUUGGGAUGCCUGCUCAGCUUCCUGUGGUGGUGGCGUCCAAAAUCGCAAACGUCUUUGCAAUAAUCCACCACCCAAAUACAGAGGCAAGGACUGUGUGGGUGAUGCCACGUCCACUCAGCUCUGUAACAAGCAGGACUGUCCAGUCGAUGGAUGUCUGUCCAGUCCCUGUUUCGCUGGUGCAAAAUGUACAAGCUUUCCUGAUGGGUCCUGGAAGUGUGGAAAAUGUCCAGCCGGUUUCACUGGCAAUGGAAUUGACUGCCAGGACAUUGAUGAGUGCAAGGAGGUUCCUGAUGCUUGCUUUGAAUUCAAUGGAGUUCAUAGAUGUGAAAACACCAAACCCGGGUACAACUGCCUGCCAUGUCCUCCACGCUUCUCUGGUCCACAGCCGUAUGGUCAUGGAGUGGAGGACGCAGCUGCAAAGAAACAGGUGUGCACACCCCGCAAUCCCUGCCUGGACGGAAGCCAUGACUGCAACAAGAACGCCCGGUGCAACUACCUGGGCCAUUUCUCAGAUCCCAUGUUCCGCUGCGAGUGCAAGCCUGGUUAUGCUGGGAAUGGACACAUCUGUGGAGAGGACACUGACCUGGAUGGCUGGCCUAAUGCUGACCUUGUAUGUGUGGAGAACGCCACUUAUCACUGCAAAAAGGACAACUGCCCGAACCUUCCAAACUCAGGUCAGGAGGACUACGACAAGGAUGGAAUUGGUGAUGCUUGUGAUGACGAUGAUGACAACGAUGGCAUUACGGAUGAGAGGGACAACUGCCAGUUCGUCUACAAUCCCAGACAGUAUGACUAUGACCGGGAUGAGGUUGGAGACCGCUGCGACAACUGCCCAUACAACAGCAACCCCGACCAGGCCGACACGGACAACAACGGCGAGGGAGACGCUUGUGCCGUGGACAUCGAUGGUGAUGGUAUACUGAAUGAGAGAGACAACUGUCCUUAUCUAUACAAUGUUGAUCAAAAGGAUACGGAUCUAGACGGGGUUGGUGACCAGUGUGAUAACUGCCCCCUGGAGCAUAAUCCUGACCAGCUCGACUCGGACUCCGACCGUGUGGGUGAUAAGUGCGACAGCAAUCAGGACAUCGAUGAAGACGGUCAUCAAAACAACCUGGACAACUGCCCAUAUAUUCCCAAUGCUAACCAGGCUGAUCAUGACAAGGAUGGCAAAGGAGACGCUUGCGAUUACGACGAUGACAACGAUGGCAUCCCUGAUGAUAAAGACAACUGCAGAUUGGCUUUCAAUCCGGAUCAGCUGGACUCUGAUGGUGAUGGGCGUGGCGAUGUCUGUAAGGAUGACUUUGACCAGGACAAUGUUCCAGACAUCUAUGAUGUUUGCCCAGAGAAUUUUGACAUCAGUGAGACAGACUUCCGCAAAUUCCAAAUGGUACCUUUGGACCCCAAGGGUACUUCUCAAAUCGAUCCCAACUGGGUAGUCCGUCACCAGGGCAAAGAGCUGGUUCAGACAGUCAACUGCGACCCUGGCAUUGCUGUUGGUUUUGACGAGUUUAACGCGGUGGACUUCAGUGGAACCUUCUUUAUCAACACAGAGCGAGACGAUGACUAUGCUGGAUUUGUGUUCGGUUACCAGUCCAGCUCCCGCUUUUAUGUGGUGAUGUGGAAGCAGAUUACUCAGACCUACUGGUCAAGCCAGCCCACCAAAGCACAAGGCUACUCUGGGCUGUCCAUCAAAGUGGUCAAUUCCACCACAGGACCGGGUGAACACUUAAGAAAUGCCCUCUGGCACACCGGAGACACUCCAGGACAGGUGCGCACCCUGUGGCACGACCCAAAAAAUGUUGGCUGGAAGGACUUUACUGCAUACAGAUGGCACCUGACUCACAGACCAAGAACAGGACACAUAAGAGUCGUUAUGUAUGAGGGAAAGAAGAUCAUGGCAGAUUCUGGAAGAAUCUAUGACAAAACCUAUGCGGGAGGUCGACUAGGUUUAUUCGUCUUCUCGCAAGAGAUGGUAUACUUCUCAGACCUCAAAUAUGAAUGCAGAGAUGCAUAAUUGCACAGGGAGAAGGUUCUUAAGAGAAGGCACCUUUCUGUAUAAGUAAGAAUAUAUUCCACACAAAGUCCAGGGACAGAUUUUCCACCGCAUUUUUUUCUAUGGUGGGCCAGCAUACGGUCAGUUUUAAGAUAACUAAAGCUGGUGUGGACAGAGUCUAGUUAACUGGAUAAUCAAGACCCCUCCACCAAGAGCAGGUAGAGCAGAAUAGUGCCCCGUCAUUUUGAUUGAUUAAAAAACGAUUUCUGUAUUAGAUCUGUUAUCCUUCAAUCAAUCAUUGACUUUCUUCUACCUGAAUGAAUUUAAAAACAAAGGACCAAAUAUAAGACUUAAAUGGUCUGAAUUUUGAAUGUUUUUUUUUUUUUCAAAACAUACUGAAAAUGGCAUUUACAGAAUUAAAACAGGGUAAUGAGACUUUAUUAUGCUGAAGUAACUGAUUGUAGGGCUACCAAAUGUAUACAGUGUUGUAUCACUGUCAGUUCUGAACAAUAUAUAACAGAAUACAAAUAUCUAUAUUGAGACACGGAUAUUAAGUUGGGCUUAAGUGCUUAUUAGUGCAUACAUUUACUUUCAAACAUGCCAUGUUAACCAGAUAAACACUUCAGGUAGUGAGCAUGACCUUUAAGAUGAAAUGGAUUGCUAGUAAAGCAACAGACCAAGUUAUUAACAAUAAUAAACAUUAAAUUAUAACAAAGGAAAUGAAACUUUAAUCUUUUUUUUUUUUUUCUUAGCUAAAAUCUUAGACAAUUUGUAAAUCAAAGUCUCCACUUCUUUACAAAAGCACUUGCAAAUACCCGGUUGGAACUGGGAUUAUUGGACCAUGAAUUCUGUGUGAAUUCUACCUUAUUUACUGGUUGAUUACCAGGCAGCGGACAUGGUUGUUUAUGGGGGUGCUCUAAAUUUAUAAUUAAAAAGUCAAAGUAACUUAUUUAUCAAUCUACUAUAGAAUAAUAUAUACAAGCUAGAUCACAUUUACAGUGUCUAAAUCUUUAGCAUAAAGCACAGUGUCACUAAUCAUGACUAUUACCAGGGUUUUGCCCAACACACCAGCAUGCCCAGUCCAGCCAGUUUCACAGAUCUAUUAGACGAGUUCUUCAGAACAGUCUGUUCGGCCUGUGUGCCUUUAAAGAGAUGAAGCACAACUUUAUCUCCAUACAGAUAUUACCUCAGCACUGGUGUAUCAUUUGGUUAAAAAGAAAACUGAGUAAUAUUUUUAUAUGGUAAAUAAACCACAUCGGUCAGUUAUUGCUACUGUAGCACAAUCAUUUUUAAUCCUAGAGCUUCCAAUGUCCAGUAGGUUUUUAAGAAUAAAUUAUUGUACUGUUUGUCGUCUGUAAGACCAUGUUUCAUAUGAGGAUGAAUGUAUGAGCAUGCGCGCGUACGUAUGAGUGUGUUUGUGUAGAUAAAUGCUAUUUAAAUAAUUUAUCAGGAGAUGCAGCCUCAGGAGGCGUUUCCAUCUGUAUAAAUGGUUUGCACACUGACAUGAGGAUGUUCAGUUCUUUAUUGUUUUUAUGGGGGUUUUUUUGCAUUUUAUUUUUGUAAAAUUAGCAAUGCUUGUCUGUAAACGUUUUACAUAGUUGUAAAAUGCAAAUGCUAUUUUUUAUCCAUUGCAAUUAU